AUGGACGCAGCCGCCAAGGAGAAGUCUAGCCUCGCUCAGGACGAACUGCCUCACGAGCUCAACACGCUCCAGCACCCCGACGACGCACAUCGGACGUCUGAUUCCGCUCAAGCUCCCAGUGCGGCCAACGACGGCCAUUCUGUUGGUGGGAAGCCCAGCCAGGAUGGCAUCAUUCAAGAAGAGGCUGGAGAGGAAGCCGCCCAAGACGACUCCAACUACCCCAGUCUUGGGGCCCUGACCAUCAUCAUGGUAGCCGUGUCCAUGGGCAUGUUUCUUGUCUCCUUGGAUCGUACCAUCAUCUCGACCGCUGCACCCACCAUUACGGAUCAAUUCCACUCCCCGACAGACAUUGGCUGGUACGGCAGCGCAUACAGCUUGACGGGCUGUGCCAUGCAACUGCCGCUGGGCCGGUUCUACAAGUUCUAUUCACCCAAGUGGGUCUACAUGACGCUCGUCUUCAUCUUCAUUGUCGGUUCGGCCGUGGGGGCCGGGGCGAUGAACUCGAAUACAGUCAUUAUUGGCCGUGCCAUACAAGGCAUCGGCCUCGGUGGCGUGCUUUCGGGGUCCACGAUUAUUGUCACCGAGAAUUGCCCUCUUCGACGGCAGCCCAUAUGCCUCGGAAUUCUGAUGGCGACAAUGAGCAUCUCGGCCAUUGUUGGGCCUCUGAUAGGCGGCGCGCUGACGACCAACACCAGCUGGCGUUGGUGCUUCAUUAUCAACAUCCCCAUCGGUUUCGUAAUCAUGGCCAUCCUCUUCUUCUUUGUAAAAGCCAGAGAGGGCAAGGACCAGCAGGCCCGGGGAUGGGCCGAGAAGAUCCGUCUCCUGGAUCCCUUGGGCUCAGCCCUACUUUUGCCGGCCGUCGUGUGCCUGGUGCUCGCAUUCCAAUGGGCAGGGUCCGAAUACAGCUGGAACAACUGGCGCAUCAUUAUCCUCUUUGUAUUCGGUGGCCUUUUGUCCCUCGCAUUCAUCGCCUCACAAAUCGCUAUGCCUGAGACAGCCACUGUGCCUCCCCAUAUCGCUGGUCAGCGUACCGUCUUUGCAUCCUUCGUCUUCUCCGCAGCCACUGGUGGCGCCAUGUUGGUCGUCACGUAUUGGAUUGCUGACUGGUUUCAAGCCGUCCAGAAUCUCAGCGCUGCUCAGGCAGGUAUCAGGACCAUUGCUCUCGUUUUGUCACAGGCCGUUGGAGCCAUAAUGGGCGGCGGAUCGGCAAGACUUGUCGGAUACCCACCGCCAAUCAUGAUGAUAAGUGCCAUCCUGAUAUCUGUCGGGGCCGGAAUGCUCUCAACCCUUGCCAUUAAUGAAAGCUCGGCCCACUGGAUUGGCUACCAGGUCAUGAUGGGUCUGGGCCUCGGUUUUGGAACACAGCAGGCGUCGCUUGCCGUUCAGACCGUUCUCAAGAAGGACGACAUUCCCUCGGCAAUCUCGCUCAUCUUUUUUGGGAUGCAACUCGGUGGUUCCAUCUUCAUUUGUGUUGGCCAGAACGUGUUCAAUCAGGUUUUCGUUAAGCUGCUGAGGCAAACCUCUAUCCCAGGACUCGAUCCAGAAACCGUCCUGAGGACGGGUGCAACCGAGAUAAGGAACCUUGUUCACAACGGAGAAGAUUUGUUGAAGCUCCUCGAAGCAUAUAACCGCUCCAUCACGUCGACGUUCUAUGUUGCCGUUGGGACUGGAGCUCUAGCAAUGCUGAGCUCCUUCCUGGUCCAGUGGAACAGCGUUAAGAAUGUCGAACCAGUGCAUUAA